AUGAAAAAUAAAUACAUAGUCACAAUGAACCGUGUCUUGUUAAUGAACAGAUGUUGUUAUAGUGUUAUAAGGUAUAAUUUUGUUGUAAAUCAUCAGAUACUAAUACCGAAGAAACCGCUUCAAAAUGUUAUCAUCCGUAGUGCUCACGAUCAGAAGGAAAAAAUCCGGUCGACGUUAAAUUACAUGAUAGCUCUAGGAGUAAUGACAGUAGGCCUCAGUUACGCAGCAGUGCCUCUAUACAGGAUAUUUUGUCAGGCUUACAGCUAUGGAGGCACAACAGGACAAAUUGAAGCAAAUCAAGCAGUUAGUAACAUGAAAGCCAUCAAAGAUAGGCCCAUAAAGGUCAGAUUUAAUGCAGAUACAGCUUCUUCAAUGCAAUGGAACUUUAAACCUCAACAACCUGAUAUCACAGUAUUACCAGGUGAAACUGCACUAGCAUUUUAUACAGCAGUCAAUCCGACUGAUAAAGCAGUGACUGGGAUCAGUACAUACAAUGUAAUUCCAUUUGAAGCUGGUCAGUAUUUUAACAAAAUACAGUGCUUUUGUUUUGAAGAACAACAACUAAAUCCACAUGAACAGGUGGAUAUGCCAGUAUUUUUUUACAUUGACCCAGAGUAUAUAGAAGAUCCCAAAAUGGAGUUUAUAGACGAGAUUGUGUUGUCAUAUACAUUCUUUGAAGCUAAGGAAGGUAUGAAGUUACCUGUGCCAUCAUAUGUGAAGCAGUGAGGAUGGCUCAUCAUGAAUUGUGGAUAACAUUCUCCUGGAUUUGUAUUACAAAAUGAAUAAUAGAAUUCCUCCUUACUCGUGCUUACUAAAAUACAGUUAUCCUGUAUUAGGUUUGCACUUUAUUUUAUUGCUUUUUUUAGAGGUACUUAAUACUUACUUACCUGGAAGUAAGUCACACAGCCAUCAGCAAUGCCAAGCUCACAGUAUAUUUGACUGACCAUUUAUUUCCUAUUUUCAAAGUUGGUAUGGUUCUAUGAGCCUAGUCGAAUUGAAACCACUUUUUCAGUCAGCAAGAUGGCCACCAUACCGGCUUUAAAAUAUGGUAUAAUCAUUAAUCCCAUGCAUUUGAGACUUCAACUGUACAUCAUCAGGUUGUCUUACAUCGUAUAUGGGCUUUGGCUGCCACUUAAUAACAUGAGUACACGUCUGUACAUAAAAUAGUUAACAUUUGAAAAGAAUAUAAUAUAUAAAGAUAUAUAAAGAAUACUUUGUGUAAAACAUUUAGUUCAGCUGACAUCAAUGUCAUGGACUUUUCUAUUAAUAAAUAAUAAACAGCAAUCCCAAGAUUUCAUUUUCGUAAUUGGACAAUGCGUUUUUGUUAAUGACUUUGUGUAGAGUAGUUUUUUGUUAUUUAAUAUAAUUAAAAUGGGGAUUUUAAUAAAAAUUAUAGAUAAAUACAAUACAAUGUACCAUAAUGUAAAAAAGUGUGUGUAAGCUCUUAGGUGUGACUGAACUUUACUUUUUAAGUGCGUCUGAUGCAGUUGACAAGAGCGGUCAAUAAACGAAACUUUUCGGUCUUUUAUACGUGCUUAAUAUUUUUAAUAAAAUUUGAAUAUAUUGAUUCAAUAAAAUAUUAUAUUAUUAUAAUUCACAAACUACCGUCUAUUAUCAGAUAUGUUCUGCUUAGACACCACCAACUUAAAUAGACUAAGUAGAUGACUCUAAAGUAAUACCUUUAUUACUGUGUUAAUUAAUGUGUAUCGGUGUAUGAAGUCACUGUCGUUUGCUAAAUUUUUACACAUGAACUCAAUGGACAACAGUCACGGUAAAACUAACACGAGAUGGGGCGCGUAUUGAAUGCACUUAAUGUACUACCUACUCAUCAAAUUUUCAAACCGAACACUUGAAAUGAUUUAUUACAUUCAGGUUAAGAGAGUAGGAAAAUAAUUGAACAUGGAAAUUUUUGUAAAUCACUACUAAAAUAUAUGUAAAAUUUGAAAUUUUUAAAAUAUUGUUUUUCUUGUGGUGAGUCGAAGCUUUGUUUUGUUUU